ACUCUAUAUUUAUAUACCGACCCUUCCCCCUCUCUUUUCUCUUAUUAACUAACCCAUCAUCUCUCCCUACUAUCUAACCCCCCAAUCAUUGAAGCUCCAAAAAGGAAGGGCCAAUGGGAGCCUCCUCUUUGUCCUCCCCUUCUGCCCCCUCUUUCUUCUUUUAUUUCACGCCUCACUCGUUACUCUCCCUGCCGUUCUGCUUGUCUUUUUUACUAUGCCUCCUGCAGCCGUCCUCCCGUUCGGCAUUCGCCGAUCAGGAGGCCGACCGCAUCGCCCUCCUGCCGGGCCAGCCGGCCGUGAACUUCUCCCAAUAUUCGGGGUACGUCACCGUGAACCGGCAGGCCGGCCGGGCACUGUUCUAUUGGUUCCAAGAGGCCCCCGCUGGGCGCGCGGCCGCGGCGCCGCUCGUUCUCUGGCUCAACGGCGGCCCCGGGUGCUCUUCGGUUGGCUACGGGGCGUCGGAAGAGCUCGGCGCCUUCCGCAUCAGGCCCGACGGAAAGACUCUCUUCUUGAACAAGUACGCUUGGAACAAAGUGGCUAAUGUGCUCUUCUUGGAGUCGCCGGCGGGGGUCGGAUUCUCGUACUCGAACAGGACUUCGGAUUUGUAUACUGCUGGAGACAAUAGAACAGCAUGGGAUGCAUAUACUUUUCUAGUGAAUUGGUUUGAGAGGUUUCCUCAGUAUAAAUACCGCGAUUUCUACAUCACUGGAGAGAGCUAUGCUGGGCACUAUGUUCCUCAGCUAUCACAGAUUGUGUAUCAGCAAAAUAAAGGCGUUGAGAAGCCCAUUAUUAAUCUCAAAGGUUUCUUGGUCGGGAACGGCGUGACCGACGACUAUCACGACUACGUUGGCACGUUCGAGUACUGGUGGACGCACGGGCUGAUCUCCGACGAGACUUAUCAUAAUCUGCAGGUGGUCUGCGACUUUGAUUCAUCGGAGCACCCUUCAGAAGCAUGCGUCAAUUGGCUUAACAUUGCCUAUGUAGAGCAAGGCAACAUUGAUGCUUACAGCAUCUACACCCGACCUUGCAAUGAUACCACCACUCUCAAGCGCAAUUUAAGGGGCCGCUAUUCCAGAAUUCUGCUACAGCAAAAGCGUCAAUUUGUUUGUUCAAAGCAAAGCCGGGCUUCUGAAAGUCACCACCUUAUCAAGUAUAUAACCAACAGCCAGCCUUGGAUGACCAGAGGUUAUGAUCCCUGCACUGAAAAAUACUCCAGAAUGUACUACAACCAUCCGGAUGUUCAGAAAGCUCUCCAUGCAAAUCUCACUGGGAUACCUUACCGUUGGGACACCUGCAGCGACAUUGUCGGUACGUACUGGGCGGAUUCGCCAAGAUCAAUGCUUCCUAUCUACCGAGAACUUAUUGCAGCUGGACUGAGGGUAUGGGUUUUCAGUGGAGACACAGAUUCAGUAGUCCCUCUAACAGCUACCAGAUACUCACUUGAUGCUCUGAAUCUUUCAACUCUCAUCAGCUGGUAUCCUUGGUAUGACAAUGAAAAUGUGGGUGGAUGGAGCCAAGUCUACAAAGGGCUCACAUAUGUGACAGUCCUAGGAGCAGGGCAUGAAGUUCCCCUCCACCGACCGCGGCAAGCCCUAAUUCUGUUCAUGCAUUUCUUGCACAAUAAUCCCAUGCCUUCUCUCAAUCAAUCAGCUAUAUAACAACACACUAUAUCAUCCAAGGAAACAGAGCAACAAAAAAAUGAAAACCAAAAAAAAAAAAAAAAAAUUUAGAGGAGGUGAAAUGAAAAUUUGUAAUUUGUGCAUUGAGCCAUGCAACAAGUAAAUUGCUAGGCACAAUUAUUAGUGGACUGCCAUUAUUUCUGAAAGAAGCCUGUGAAAGGCUAAAACAGUGUUAAUAAAAUGCAGGUUGCAGAUUAAAUGCUGCUGAUUGUAUUUUUAUUGUAAAUGUGACAUAUUGUUUGAUACGCUUCAGUAUGCUAGAUUAGAAUAAA